CUCGCUCGCUCCCUCCCUCCCUCCCUUCCUUCCUUCUUUCCCUCCUUCUCUCUCUCCGCUCGCCGGAGGCUGGCAAAACUUGCCCGCGGCACGAAGGGCACUGACACAAGCCGGGGACGAGCCCGCCGGAGGCAGCCGGCGCCGCCGCGCUCUGCCCAGGAUCGGUUGCAAAAUGUGAAAAUGAAGGGGAAAUUCUGCAGAUACCUUUUAUCACUGACAACCCUUGCAUAAUGUGUAUUUGCCUGAAUAAGGAAGUGACGUGCAAAAGAGAGAAGUGUCCAGUGCUCUCCAAGGACUGUGCCCUCGUCAUUAAGCAGAGAGGAGCUUGCUGUGAGCGUUGCAAAGACUGCAGUUUUGGAGGAAAUACGUACAACAGCUCCAUGAAAUGGCACCUCCCCAGCAAUCCCUGUGUUACGUACCAGUGCCAGGAAGGAGUGAUAGUAGAAUCAGAAGUACAGUGUGUUGUUCAUUGCAAAAACCCUUCCAAACUCAGGGGAAUGUGUUGUCCUGUGUGUCCAGGUUGUGUAUUUGAAGGGAGACUUUACAAUGAAGGAGAAGAAUUUAGGCCUGAAGGAAAUAAAUGUACCAAGUGCUCUUGUAUUGGUGGCAGGACACAGUGUAUCCAAGAAGUCUGCCCCAUUCUCUCAUGUCCCCAGCACCUCAGUCACAUUCCUGCUGGACAGUGCUGCCCCAAAUGCUUAGGACAGAGGAAAGUGUUUGACCUCCCAUUUGGAAGCUGCCUUUUUCACAGCAAUGUGUAUGAUAAUGGUUCCUCAUUUAUCUAUGACAACUGCACAGUGUGUACAUGCAAGGAUUCAACAGUGAUAUGUAAGAAGAGAUGCUUACUUCCUGGUGAAUGCAAUAAAAACAAAGACCACUGCUGCAAGGAAUGUAUCUCAUACAUCUCUCCUGAGGAGGUGAAAGUAUGCAAGUUUGGCAAUAAAGUCUUUCAGGAUGGAGAGAUGUGGUCCUCUGUGAACUGCACCAUCUGUGCUUGUGUGAAAGGCAAGACAGAGUGUCGCAAGAAACAGUGCAUUCCAGUCAGCAGCUGUCCUCAUGGUAAAAUCCUGAACAGAAAAGGAUGCUGUCCAAUUUGCACUGAAAAGCCUGGAGUUUGCACUGUGUUUGGAGAUCCUCACUACAACACUUUUGAUGGACGGACAUUUAACUUUCAGGGAACAUGUCAGUACGUUUUGACGAAAGACUGCUCCUCCUCUGCCUCACCCUUUCAGGUGCUGGUAAAAAACGAUGCCCGUCGGACCCGUUCUUUCUCCUGGACAAAGUCAGUGGACCUUGUGUUGGGCAGAAGCACAAUCAGCCUCCAGCAGCACCUCACAGUGAAGUGGAAUGGGACUCGAAUUUCACUACCUUGCGAGACACCACAAUUUCAGAUCGAUUUGGAUGGUUAUUUGCUGAAAGUGACAACCAAAGCAGGCUUGGAAAUCUCAUGGGAUGGAGACAGUUUUGUGGAAGUCAUGGCUGCACCUCAUCUGAAAGGCAAACUCUGUGGUCUGUGUGGCAAUUACAAUGGGCACAAACGAGAUGACCUGAUUGGGGGGGACGGGAAUUUUAAGUUUGAUGUGGAUGACUUUGCUGAAUCCUGGCGUGUGGAGUCCAAUGAGUUCUGCAGCCGCCCACAGAGGAAGCCCGUACCUGAGCUCUGUCAUGGGACAGUCAGGGUGAAACUCCGAGCUCACCGGGAAUGCCAGAAACUCAAAGCGUGGGAGUUCCAGAGCUGUCAUUCCACGGUGGACUAUACCACGUUUUACAGGUCCUGUGUGACAGACAUGUGUGAGUGUCCGAUCCAUAAAAACUGCUACUGUGAGUCAUUCCUGGCAUACGCCCGAGCCUGUCAGAGGGAAGGGCUGAAAGUCCAGUGGGUGCCAGAGCAGAACUGUGCAGCAACCCAGUGUAAACACGGUGCAGUUUACGAUACCUGUGGUCCAGGAUGCAUCAAAACAUGUGACAACUGGAAUGAAAUCGGACCGUGCAACAAGCCCUGCGUUGCAGGGUGUCACUGCCCGGCAAAUUUGGUUCUUCACAGAGGAAGAUGCAUCAAACCAGUCCUGUGCCCACAGCGGUGACACUCGUUCUCUUUCCGUGGACACUAAUGCGGGUGGUCACUGACCCCUUUGAUGCUCACAGCCAGUGAAGGACUCCAGCUGUUUGUGUGCAGAUUCUGCAAAGUACAUGUCUACUCACAGAGCAUAAAUAUGCUCCUCUGUGUGUAUUUGUGUCUCUAAGUACACACAUGUGGCACCUAAAAAGAUAUAUAAAUGUAUACUAUGUGUAUUUGGACACACGUGUCCAUACACAAGUGCCCGAAACGUAAGUACAACCCAUAUAUUUAUAUAUAUGUCCACACACAAAUAUACAUAAUUUCUAUAUACCAUAGAAGGAUGAAUUAUAAUAUGUAUAUUUUUUGCUAUAAAGUUUAUGUAUUAUUAUUUCUAGGACCCUGAUCUGUAAGUCAUUGUAAAAAUAAACCAGGUGUUUUUAAUAUAAUAUUGUGGCAUGAAAAGAUUGGAUGAUUUUGCCAUUGCAUAAGUUUGUCGUUACCAAGGAAACUUUUCUAGGGCCACAGCACUGCCAGGCUGGAUUAGUUUCAACACAGAACCUGGAUUUACAGUUGUUCAGGAAACACAUUUCUCUGGAGAUGGAGGAUUUAUCUAGGAAUAUUUCAUGCGUACCUUGGAGCUGCAUAGUGAUUGGUGACAGUGCUUAAUCAGGCAGAGAAAGCUGGGGAUUGGCUUUUAUGCUUUACUGAAAUAACUGUGCAAAAUGAUUUCCAAAGCUGGUUGGACAAUGGCCAGGAUAGAGAUAUUUCUUUCUGGAAUGGCACCAAAGAGUUGGGGCCAGAUUUUCAUAAGUGUUAGGCACCCAACAGCUCACUUUGAAAAUCUGACCACUUCCCAUUUCAUAUCCUAAUGCCCUAUCUCUGUUGUUGUGUUUGGCAGUAGCUGUGAAUACACAAUGAGGAGCUUGAAGAAAAUAUUCAUGUGCAUAUUAGCCCCUUAAACAUGUUUGAAACGCCUAGGUUUGUUUCAUGUCUCCCUCAAAUAUUAUGCAGAAGUCAAAUCCCAUGCUGAAAUGUUUGAUUUCAGUGUGCCUUAAAACAUAAAAUAAUGCCAGGCUUAGUAACUAAUUUAAUUUAUCAGCAUGGUAUGGAAGAAAGACAAAUUCACCUCACCGAAAACCAGUAGAGAAUGUCAAAUGCAAAUUGGCGAACUGCAAUUUAUUUCCUUAGUGGUCUUUUGGUUGAGGUUUAUGAACAUGUGGGCUCUGUGAAGUUUGCAUGACUUUUGAAGUCUCCCAGGGGAGAAGCAAUAAUACAGGAUUUCAUUAGAAACCUUUAAAAAAGCCAUACAACUUUCUCAAGCCUGAAGGGACAGGGGGCUAUUUUUCUUCACUGCAAAGCCUCUCACAGAGCCCGAUGGAAUGGUCUCUGGAGAUGAUAGAAAUCUUUGUGCAUCUGAUUUAGGUUUAUAAUGAAGUAAUAUCCUCCCACGCAGCUACUUCCAUCAUGUCUUGCAUUGAAAUUGCACAUUGUAAUGCUUUGAACAACUUUCUCCUUUAAUUCUUUUCUAUUGAGGAAGUUAAGCAGGGCCCGAGUUUACAGUAGGUGAGUGGGUCAACACACUUGGGUUAUACAGCCUGUCUGUGAUCCCACCCUGGAGGAAGAUGCUGAGUGAACCUGGUUAACUUAAGCACCACACUAUCCAAAAUUCUGUACCACCACAGUGUUAAAAGGAGCUGGGCAUAUAAUGCCAAGAGUGUUCCGUGGAUGUUCAUCCAAAUCUUAAAUAAAUUCAGCUUGAUCUUUUUAUGUCCUUUUUGUGUUUGUUUUCUUGGAACAAUCAAAUAAUUCAGUUUUACUGGCAGAGAGGGUUUUGAAGACUCAUACACAAGUGCACUGGGAAACAGAAUUGAAAAUGUGUGGAUCCCAUCAGAGAAAGAAACUAGAAGAGUUUUAUGUGGCUCAUGUGCUAAUUGAAAGGAGAAGUUGAAAUUUAGAACAAUUGCAGUGGGCUGAAGGAGUUAAAAUAUAAAAUAGCAGUCAUUAAAAUAAUUUAAAGUGUCAGUUAGACCAAAGAGCUUUUCAGACUGUGAGCUUUCCAUGCUGAGAAAUGAAGUAUAAACCAUUAGAAAGAAUAUUUGCCUACCUUCAGUUCAGGGCAUAUUUUAAUUACUUACUGCCCAAUGUUUCCAAAAUAAAAAUGCAGGCAACGUGAACUGCAUACAUGAACAGCGUAUACAUCUGUCUUUCUCUUUUCUCCUGACUUAUAAAGGUGAGUGAAAGGUGAAGGGAGAGCCCUCUCGCUCUCUCAGUCCACUGAUCACAUUCAAGCAAUGCUUAAUUGAUUCUAGGUGAAGAAGUGACUGUCUCUUUCUAGGAUGAUCUCUGGUUUUGGAUCUUAAAAUGAUUCAGUUUGUAACCUGACCCAGGUCAUCUCUAAAUGAGACUCAUUCCUUGGUUUAAGUUUUUCAUAUCUGCCUAAUUAAGACUAGACCCAUGCUUUUCAGUUUGGUGAUGUAGACUGAGGAAGAGAGGAAAAUGGUUUUACCUCUAAGCCAAGUGGUUGUGUCCUUAUGGUGCUGUGGAGCUUUUUCCUCCAAAACCCAAUUUUCAAGGCAAGAGUAAGUGGUAUAAUCUGUCUGCUCAGUUCACAUGUACCAUCUAAGAAAAGGCUGUUCUGCUUUUCUAGAAAUUUCCCCCAAAUUUCCACUUGACAUUAGUUUUAUAUCUGUAUCUGUGGUUACCCUGUGCCUAAUUGAACUGUUGAGACCAUAUCAGGCCCAAGUGGGCUUGUUGUACUCUACUCUUCAUCAAGGCCAUUCAAAAGUUGAAAGUCUAGCCCAAUACCAUUAUUACCACCGGCCUCACAGAGUUUGGGUUGAAACCCACCUUCCUCCUGAUGACUUCCUCAUGAAAUAUUACCCCUAGGAUGCUAGAGCUGGAAGUUUCCUUUUUAUCACUGGGGUUUUGUUUUUUAUGAAAUUCACUGGUAGUUAAAUUUUGGUAUGCUAAAUGUGUUUAAUGUGGAAUAAUUUUUUAAAUAAUAACAUAACAUUGGUAAGUCAUAUGGCAUAUGGUGUAUUCACCGUACAAAACUUAUGGUAGUGUAAAUUUUGAUCUUGAUGAUGCAUAUGUCAAUCUGUGCACAUAACUUUGUGACAAUUUGAAAGGUGAAAUAUAUUUGAAGGAGCAGAGGUUCCAAUCAAAGAAUGAUCCAAAAGGGAAGUCCAAGAAACACCUCUGUAGUCCAAAGGGGAGAGUCAAGUUUCAAUAGUUUCACAAUUAAUCUGCUGUGUGCUUUCUAGCAAGUCUUGGGGAAACAAGGCUCUGGAUUUAUGCAUCUUUUUAAAGUUUAUGGAUGGAAAAUGUUCUAAAAUGCCAUACCAGGGUAAUGUCAACUGAUAAUUUACCAAUCUACUCAGGUCUGCUUUGCAUCAAGUUGUCCCAUCUCUCUGAAAUCAUCAUCACAUGGAAAUUAGCUGUUGCCAUAUGAGGUCAAAUGCAUUUACUUCCUCCUCAUGUAUUUGUGUCUUUAGGUUGUGUCUAUUUUUGUGUAUUGUUUUAUAAACCAUGGAGACAAGCCACAGCCAAACAGAACCAUUUGAGUUCUAGCCUGAGUCCCACAUCUUCCAAGAGUACUUUUCUUCCAUAGGGUAACGUUGGUUGCACUUGGACAAAAACAAACAAACCAAAACAAAACAAUAUUCUUAAUGUCCGACCCAAAUACGAACCCAUCCCUGUAUCACAUAAGUAGUUUUCAGCAGAUAACCUAAAAGAAGUAAGUUCUCAUAUUUUCUGCUUUUUUUGAACGCAGGAUUCAAAUACAGUUUGACACUGCCUGGCUUCUCACUGGCAGAACCUGACAGUUGCAAUGGCUGGUCUGAUCUUGAACAACUUUGCAGGGGCACGGUGGUUUGCUUUUUCUUGCCUUCAUCAAAAGUGGACAAGGUGAUAUCAGAGCUAGUAGAUAGGUUAAUAACAACCCAUGCAUUUUCAGCUGGACAGACUAGAAAGAGAGUCAGUCUACAGCAUUUAGUCCUGAAGUGGUAUUUCAGGUACAGUCCCAACUAAAGGAUAUUAUUAUCCUGACAAACAGGAACUUUAUGUUACAGAACACAGAUCAAAUGCUUUUUCUAUGUAUCUUCUAUCCUAGAUUAUACCAUUUUUAGAAAGCCCUGUGGAGAGAUGUUUCUGCUCCCUUUCAGAACCAUUUCUAGUCCACAACUGCAAAUGUUUAGAACACAGGCCUUACUGUGCUCCCAUGGCAGCAUUCUUUUUCUCUGUGUGAAAAAGUUGUUGCACAGAUCAAUAUGUCCGUGCAAAAUAACUGCAUCAGAAUUUCUAACAAUAAAAUAAGUUUCUCCUCCUGUGAACAUAAGGUAGCUCUUGAUCCCUCACAUGCCCAUGGCAAAAAAAACACCCCACCAACUACUCAGAACUCCAAUCCAAUAGCAGUGUAGUUGUAUUGAGAUCAAAUUGGAAUACAUACAUUGUUAGGCGUAGAAAUCCAUAAUUAAAAUAAGAUUUUGAGUCUAUUCCUACUUUUCUUGCAACUGUUACAUCAUCUUUAAAGAAGUCACUGAAGUUAAGGAAAGGGAUUUUAUUUCUGGGGUUGGAAAUUUCCUAGCACAGCAAACCUGCCUUGGUUUCCUCCAGGAGAUGUAUUUUAGUGAACACACAUUGCCACAACUGUCAGAACAAAAGCUUCAAAUGCGCAUUUAUAACUAGUCUUGCUUCUGGCCUUGAGAUAGAAUUGCAAGUUCUCCUUACUGCUGAGAGAGCAUAAGUAAUUUCUUUUAUAACACCAGUUUUACCAGGCAACAACAUUACUUGUCAUCAAGCACCAGUUUAGAAGCUUCAAGUGAUAUUAAAUGUGACAUGUAGCAUUUGUUAUUUGCAUGACUUUACCCUUUUCAUGGUGAGCUGAGUUAAUGCCAGCCCUGCACACUGGAGGAAGUUGUCUCUAAUGGGAUGCAUGCAUAUGUGUGGUGGGAGAGCAAUGGUAUAAUUGAUAAUUAUAAUAUAUAAUUAUCAUUAUAAUUGAUAGCACUUUCUAUUUCCCUAAGGGAUGCUUAUAACUGGGCAUCAAUAUAGUUUGGUUUUGCAUAUGAAGGUGAAUUGAUGGGAAUGUAGGAAAUUCCUGCCCAGACAGACCCACCUUUUUUUUAUUCCUUAUCUAGUGGUGAAGAAAUGCUUCAAAGCACACUUCAAAGAGCAUUUGUGAGUCUCCUAAUGGACAGCUCUGCAACAACCUGCUCAUAGCAGCAAUUUAGCCCUAUACUCUGGCAGUAAGUGGUUGGUACUUUAAUGACCCAAUCGUUCAAAGCACUUAUCUGUGCUCAAACUUUGAAUAACCUCCUUUGCUUCAAUGGGGCAACAUGCAUGCUGACUUUUAACCACAUGCUUAAAUGGUUUGCUAGGCCAGGGCCAGAGAGUUCGGUAUCUGGCAGGAUCAAAUAUUAAGCCUUGUGAUAUUAUGUAUUUCUUCAUGAUUUCCAUGCAUAGAUCUAUUUUUUGAUCAUGCUGCUAUCUACUGCUAGAAAAUCAUACCAGUUAAGGUUUUUUGAGGCUUUUUGUUUUGAGACUUUAGAAGACUGGGGAAUUUCUUUCUGUUGAUUUCCUAUGUCAAUGUAAUAAUUUCUUCCAUUCACUUUGUAAUUUCCUACUCUUUUUAAAUUGUUGUUAUUGUUAAAACAAAGGGACGUAGUGUUCUUGAUUUUUUUUCUUUUGCACUGGUAAAAGUAGGGAACAAUUUCAGUGAAUUAACUGUUUCCAGCUAUGCUAGUUUUAAAUUGAGUUGAGUUCAUACUAACAACAUCCUGACUUUAUAGCUGUGCAGUCCUGGUGUGGCUUCCCUCAGUUGUUAGACCCUCAAUUGCUUCUAGCUAUAGCUCAUUAUAAAACUCUGAUAACACUGUAUUAGAAUAAAAGCAUCUGUAGCCCAAAUCAGUAUGAAUGAUUUGCUACGAUAAUUUGCUAUAAAUAGUUUGUAAAUGAAAGGGAAAAAAUUAAUUUGUUUUCUUAUUUUCACAAUAGUUUUUAUAGGUUGUACUAAUAAGGAAAAGGAAAUUAUGACUAUAGAAAGUGAUGAAGAGAAGAUAAUUGAGAAAAUUAAUUUUAUUUUUUUUUAUGUAUAGUGCAAGUAUUCAGCUUCUUUAACAAAUGUCCCUGAAUGGCUUUUAAAACCCACAGAAAAAACUUGAUUGGGCUCUACAGAAUAUGAAUCAAAACUCAGACUUGGAUAUGUGCGGAUGCAGUUCUGCAGUUAAAAUUUUACUGUGUCUGGAAGGGAGUGAAAUAAAUGAGUAGAGUUUGGAGGAAAUAAUUUAUCCCAUCUUAGGCAUCUGAAUAUUUCUUUUCUAGUUUGGGGUGUAAAUAUGCAGGUGUUUGAACUCCACAAUGCUGAAUAGAUAGCCCUGACAUCCUUCAUAUUGGUAUGCAUCAAGAAUAACUUUAGUAGAACUCAGAGGAGAGUAUCUAUGUAAAAAGACAUGUCUGGGGUUUUUUAUUUGUUCAUUUCAAUUAACUGUUACCCUGCAAGUUAUGAAGGGGAAGAGAUGCUGCACAGAGAAUUUCAGAGUGUAUCACAUUUAUUAGAAGCCAUUAAUGUAUAGGUGGGUUACAUGAAAUAUUUUAUAUGCAAUUUAUGGAGAAUGCUCUGUAGUGUCAAGAGCAUUACUGCAGAAUGUUUACAUUUUAGUGUUUAGAAUUGCUUUGCUUACUCCUGCUAAAUUUUUAAUAAAUUUUACCUGAGGUGCAUUAAUGUAAAAUGAUACCUAUUUAAAAUUUUACUAAAUUUUUGUCUUCAUCAGUAUGACUCAGUUUAUAUCUUUGUUGAAUUUAAAUUUGUUAUGUAGUUUAAUGUCUCACAAAAUUGCAAACUGCGCAGUAACCUUUCCAUGGCUUGUCUUUGAAUGUCCAUACAGUUUUAUAAGAAUAUUGUACUAAUACAAUUUUGUAAAAGUA